GGCUGUACACUGUGCAUCAGACGGUUUUUUUCUGGCCACCUCCGCUCUUUUCCCCUCUCUGUUUCCCGUGUCUGACCAGGUUCAUGCUGAGCCACCUCAAACCCCAUCUCCGGAAUGAUUCUGGUGCUCGUAUGAUACAGUGCCCACUCGCCAGCAAACUUGGAGCUAACGGGAUAGCCUCCUUUCGAUACCUGUCCACCUUGACUUCACUUCUGACCUCCUCGUACGCCCCGUGGCUCUUCAGCACAACUCUGACAGCCUUGGUUCCAGGCUGCAGCGAAUUCCCCCCCCAGUGCUGCGGCCAAAUCUGUCAUCCUGUCAACGCCAUCCAAUCCAUCCACCGAAUGUUCGCGGUCCACACACCGCGCACUCUUGCCAUUCACCUGGUCGACGGGCUCCCUUGCCCGGCCCCCCAUACCUUUGCCUCUGUGGGACUGUUUUCCUUCCAGAUCGCCUCGGCCAUCAGAUUGACGCAAAUAUGCGUACCGGUGCGCUGCUUAUGGCUGGCCCAGCCAGGCUUUUCCCGAUUUCUACCACUCCAUUCCCUUUUGCCCCGGUUUCCACACCCUAAGCUACCGCAGCCGCCCGUUUUUCUUGAUGCAUCUCGCCUGAUCGCUUCCCCUUGGUCCUAAGUUCCUAACCCUGAGCAAACCCACCGUGACCCGCCAAUAAACCCCGUCCCCUGUUUGUACCUGUCCUGGAGUCAUGUUCGUCAUGCUUUGGCUUUGCGCCUUGACCUUCGCCAAACCCUGGCUCUGGGUCAAACUAUUCCACCCUCGUCAAACCCUGACCCAUAUACACUUGUAUUGACUAACUCUGGCUACUGCUUGCAGCAGCCAGCUUCUCCUCGCCGCAACUGAUGUACCAAUUUAAUCUUGCCUUGUCUCCCUUGGGACCAUAUCCACUAUCAACUUGGCCUUUGCCGCGAGUCCGUUUGUCCCUAGAUUGGGCAAUAGAUAUGGACUGUCGGCACCACUCAAUUCUUUCCCUUCUCUCUAUCCGCCAACACCGUUUUCAAUAUGGACGCCCUUCAGCAAUACCACUACUCUCCUCCCGAAGCGACUUACAACCCUGCCGUCUCUGUCUCCGUGUCCUCUUUCUUUAUCCGGCCCAACAAAGUGGUUAAACCGAGCAGCAGGAAUAGCAGUCCACGGACACUGGGUCGAAGGAAAACGAUGACUGCAGCCGCCGCUUCGUCGAGAACUCGGUCUGUCGUCGACCAUCUCCGCUCCAGCACACAAUGGCAGAACACAGAGAUGCCUCGCCCCCGCCCCGUCAGCUGGCAUCCAAAUUCUUUCGAGGCGCUGAACUCUACAUUCAACCCGGUUGCCAAUGAACAAGACUUGUCAACAUGGGACUUCUCGACGGCUCAAGUCCAUGGCCUCGUCACACCUAUCUCCUACCCAUCCAUGAACGAGCCCCAGAUCCAAGAGCCCUUCACGCCGCUUGAUGAGCUGCCCACCCGAGAUCCGGGUUUCGUCUUUGAGAGCGAGCCAUACCUGGAAUCCAUGUGGCUCAACCAAGGACAAGUAAAACCAAACUCAAAUUCCUUUCCCCUCUAUCCGGAACAACCUUUCUCACAGCCAGCGUGGGGAUUCAACCAACCGGUCAUGGCGCCGAAUGUGCAAACAGCGCCGUCCUCUCCGAACUGCCUCCCACUUCAGAAUUUUGGGCUUGACACGUUAUCACUCGGCAAUAGCGACUCGAAGUCCAAGGAUAACUCGGAGGAAUUGGUCGGCAUGGGCUUGUACGAUUCACCUGCUGAAGUCCAAUCGUCAUCUCUGCUCUUUGGUCGCUCUGCAGGCUCAGUAAGAAAGGGUUUGAAGCUGGAGGAGUCAUUUGAACCGGUGGAACAGGAAGACGAAAACGAAGACGGAGAACUUGACACAGAAGACGCCGAAGAAGAUGAGUCUGGCCAGCAGGAAGUUGAGGAGCAGGAUGAGGAUGGCUGCCAAGUGUGGAAUACGUCCGACCCCGCCAGGUACGAGGGCCAGUCUAUCGCGGAUCACUUGACAUUUGGGAUGCAAGCACAGCCAGAUUCGCUGGCAAUGAAAUAUCUUUCGACACUGAGGCAGCUGAACAGCGCCUAUUAUCCUUCAGGGCAUUCUUAUGGUUGGGCCUGAAAUUGACGACUUGACGACAGUUAUGACAAGUCACUGGAAGGAUGAAGUGGGCUUUGUUGGCAAAUUUGCAGCGUUUACACACUGUUCUUAUAUCGCCAUGAUACCCCUUUAGUGACGAUCUCGAAAGGAUGACUAGGCCUAUGUACAAACUAGAAUACUAGGUACCUUGAAGAUAUCAUGUAUUACUUAGAACAACAAGCGUGGGUGCUCUCAGUUGAAGGCACCCGCACGCCUUGAAAUUGA